ACCAGUUGAUCAGCAGGUUUUCUCUCCUGAACCUUCAGGACGGAUCGAUACCAACAGACUGAAGAUGAUUUAAGAUCAGAAAAACCAGAGCCUGUAGAGUUUCUGCUCACUGACAUCAUGGCGACAUCAGAUGGGAGGCCUGUACAACGAAGAAGAAGUUAUGACUUUCUACCACCUGACAUGUCUGAGCUCAGAGUGGUUCUACUGGGAAGCAACUGGUACCAGAGGAACUCAGUGGUAAACUUCAUACUGGGAGUGGAUGACUUGAACUAUGAAGUUCAGUCCUGUGUGAGAAUCAGUGGAAAAGUGGAAAACAUGAAAAUAGCUGUUAUCAACACUCCAGAUCUUCAGUUUUCCACAGCAGACAGUCUGACAGAGUUUAUUAUAGAUUGUGCUGCAGCUUCAGCUCCUGGUCCUCAUGUGUUCCUGUUGGUUCUUCAGCCUGAAAGUUUCACUGAAGAGGAGAAAAACAGGAUCUACAGAGUCCUUGAAACCUUUAGUGAUCGAUCAUUUGAUCAUUCAUUUGUACUGAUUCUGAAGCCCAAACCACAGAACCGCUUCAACCCUUUACCAGUUUCUAUAAAUGAGGCUCUAAUUAAGGAACUGAUCAGAAAAUGUAGAUACAGACGCAGUAAGAUGGAGGACAUCGACCUUCCAGAGCUGCUGACUCGGUUUGGUCAAAUUGUAAAAAAGAACAACAGAGAACAUGUGAGAUAUAAACAGUUUAAAGAAGCAAGAAGCAGCUUUGAAGAUUCUCAUCAGAACCAGAGAGAAAAACCAGCAACAGGUUCUGAUGAUCCAUCUGCUGGUCUCAGUGGAAAAACACCCAAAACUCAUCUGUCAUCUGAAGCUUCUGGUUUUAGGAUUGUGAUGUUGGGGAAAAAUGAGGAAAAAAAGACCAAACUUGGUAACUUGAUUAUUGGAGUGGAAGAAUUUCACCAACAAAUGUUUUCCCAAACCAAACAAAUUUUUUCCCAAACCAAACAAAAGGUUCCCCAAAGCAAACACAGUGUGGCCUCCAGUGGAGAGUGGAAAGGAAAACCAGUAACAGUGAUAAAAACUCCUGACAUGUUCAGUCUGACUGAGGAGAAAAUCCAGAGAGAAGUGAAGAAAUGUGUGAGUCUCUGUUAUCCUGGACCAAAUGUUCUGCUGCUGCUGGUGAUGAAACCUUCAGACUUUAAAGAAAAAAACAGAGAAACUCUGAAGUUCAUCCUGAGUUUGUUUGAUCAAGAUGCCUUCAGACACUCAAUGGUCAUUUUAACAAACAACAGUGAAAAAAGUUCCUCUGUCAGUGACCUGAUCAGGAUGGUUCAGGAAAGAUGCUACAACAUGAAUACUAAUGACCGCAGUUUGAUAAUGAAGCAGAUUGAGACGAUCAUAGAGGAGAACAGAGGAACAUAUCUGACCUUCAGAGAAGAAACCAGCAGGUCCAAACAGAUGAAACCUCUGAACCUGGUUCUGUGUGGGACAAGAAACGCAGAGAAAACCUCGCUAGCGAAGGUCAUUUUGGGUCAGACAGAACUUCAUUUGGACUCCAACCCUUCAGACAUCGUCAGGAACGAAGGAGAGGUGUGCGGCCGUUGGGUUUCUAUUCUGGAGAUGUCUUCACUGUACAGAAAAGCUCAGCAGGAAGUGAUGGAGGAAUCCUUCAGGUGUGUCUCCCUCUGUGAUCCUGAGGGUGUCCACGCCUUCAUCCUGGUCCUACCUGUGGGUCCCCUCACUGAUGAAGACAAGGGAGAGUUACACACCAUCCAGGACACAUUCAGCUCUAGAGUCCAUGACUUCACCAUCAUCCUCUUCACCACAGAGACUGAUGCUGCAGAUAAAGAUGUUGGUGACGUUAUAAAGGAGAGCAGAGACAUCCAGGAUCUCCUCCAGAUCUGUGGAGGAAGAUAUUUUGUUCUGGACAUCAGAGACAGACGGCAGGUCAGAGAACUGAUGGAGACGCUGGAGAAAAAUGUUUCUGACAGGAAGAAAGGUUCAUCUUAUACAACUAAAACAUUAUUAUGGGGCCAAAUGGAGGAAAAACUGCAGCUGCAAGUAGAACUGAAGAAGUUUAACACAAACACUGCUCUCACAGACACUGAAGAACAGAACCCAGAUUGUCUCCGGAUCGUUCUGAUCGGGAAAACUGGCUGUGGGAAGAGCUCAUCAGGAAACACCAUCCUGGGAAAACAGGAGUUCAAAUUCAGUUUAUUUCAAGACACAGUGACUAAAAGCUGUCAGAAAGCCUUUGGUCAGGUGGACGGUCGUCCUGUUGCUGUGGUCGACACUCCUGGUCUGUUUGACAGCAGUUUAUCAAAUGAAGAAGUUAGUGAAGAACUGGUGAAAUGUAUGAGUCUCUUGGCUCCUGGUCCUCAUGUUUUCCUGCUGGUUUUAGGGAUGAGUAGAUUCACACCAGAGGAGAAAGAGACAUUAAAACAUAUCAAGGACGUUUUUGGGAAAGAUUCUGAAAAAUUCACCAUCAUCCUUUUUACUGGAGGAGACAAACUGGAACAUGAUAAAACACCAGUUAGUGAGUUUAUUGAACAUUGUAAUGAUUCCUGUAAGAAGCUGAUUUCUGACUGUGGAGGAAGAUUCCAUGUGAUCAAUAACUAUAAUGAUCAGAACCGAUCUCAGGUCACAGAUCUGAUCAGAAAAAUUGAUGACAUGGUGAAAGAAAAUGGAGGAAGUUUCUACACCAACGAGAUGCUGCAGGCGGCCGAAGCUGCUAUAAAGAAAGAAAUGAAGAGAAUCCUGAAGGAGAAAGAAGAAGAGAUGGAGAGAAUGAAGGAGAAGAUGGAAAGAAAACAUAAAGAGGAAAAAGAAAAAAUGGAAAAAAGAAUGGAGGAAGGAAGAGCAGAAAUUGAAAGAGAGAGAAAAGAAAAAGCUGAACAACUAAAAGAAAUGGAAGAAAGAAUCAGCAAGGAACGAGAAGAGAGAAAGAAAGAAGAGAAAAAAAGAAAGGAGGAGGAAGAACGACAACAAGAAGAGUGGGAGAAAAAACGAAAAGAUUUAGAGGAAAAAAUCAGAUCAGAAUCAGAAGAAAAAGAGAAAAUAAACAGAAAACUGGAUCAGAACCGAAAAGAGAUGCAAGAAGAACGAGAAACCCGUGAGAAGGAAAGAAAAGAGUGGUGGGAAAAACGACAAAGAGAGGAAGAAGAGAGAGAGAAGGAAGAGCAACAAAAACUAAAAAAGCUUCAAGAGAAAUUUGAUAAAGAAAAAGAAGAAUAUGAAAAUAAACUGAAAGAGGAUGAAGAACAAAGAAAAGAAAAAGAGGAGAAAAUGAAAACUGAACUUAAAAAAAUGGAAGAAAGAAUCAAUACAGAGAGAGAGCAAAGAUGGAGAGAACAAGAAAUUAGACAAGAAGAAGAAAAG